AUGCAAUUUCUUGCGGCGUUUCAACCUGAUGAGUACAAUUUUGAACGGCGAUACAAGCUUUUCAAAAAAGAAAAUGUCGUCAACUACUUCCGAUAUCGAAUUGGGCCAGUGCAACACUUCACCAUUAUCGAGAAUGGGUACAAACGGCAGAAACUGGAGCCUCAGGUGGCCAAAUCUGGCAUGGCCGUCAUCUUCCUGUUUCUCACUUCCUUUGUUACCUUUCUGGAACAAGAGUGCUCCGCUAUCAAAGUUGAGGAUUACCCAAAGGGAUAUCCCCAAUUCUCGUCUCUAAUAUCCUCUCAUGAGUCCUUUUUCGUCGCUCGUAGGUUUCUAAACGUUCGUGCCCGACUAUUACUGCUCAAACAAAACCGUGUCGUCGAACUUGAGAGUAAGCUGCACAAGAUUGAUAGAGACGAAGACCGGCCACUGUUCCUCGGCAGUUGUCAGCGGGAUCAGAAUCAAGACAGAGCUAAAGUUGUUGCUGAGCUUGAUGAAGCUCUGGAGGAUUUAGACAAGUUCCUAUUGAGAAGUCGACAGGUUUCAGAACUCGAACAGGCAGAUCCUCAAGCGGUGACGAAUCUCCAGAACUGGGUCAAUGGCACCGGAUCUAUCGCACGGGCAGAAAGCAGAUUCUUGAACUACCCACCGCAAGAGCUCCUAAGUACCAGUCCCCGGGACGAAUCUGCCAUGAUAGGGCUUGAGAACAACGUGGCUGAGAAUCUUCUCCGUGUACGAGAUUACUUCUUCCCGAACUACGCCCCGAAAGUAUCAAGAGAUAUUGCCCAUAUUUAUAUCCCUACAAGGUCAUCUGCUGCUCUUAUCUCCCGUGCCUUGAUGAUCCCGAUCGUUGUCGUCAUGCUGCUGGCACCAGUUAUUCUCUGUUCCUACCUAAGCAGCACAUCAUCUCGACUAUUUGCUGUUGGUGGUGCGACGGUAUUCUUCGUUGCGAUGAUUUCUAGUGGCACGAGAAUGAAGAGUCAAGAGCUGAUUAUCGCGGGCGCAACGUAA